AUGGGAAGCCAUAGGAUGGGAGAGACAGGUUUAUCAGACUCGGGUCCUUCGACUCAUCACCACCACCACCACCAUCUCCCUUACGCUCUUCUCCAUGGAAUGAAUCCUUCGAGCACCGCUUUCAUGAGCCAUCAGGACCCAGCCUUUGAUUUUGGGGAGCUGGAGGAAGCAAUCGUGUUGCAAGGAGUCAAGAUUAGGAAUGAUGAAUCUAAAGCACAAGCUGCAGAAGCUGCAGCAGUGGGAGGUGGUGUAUCAGCAGCAGCUUUAUUCACAGAAGAAGGAGGAAGACCUUCUGCUUCCACAACACUUGAAAUGUUCCCUUCAUGGCCAAUGAGAUUCCACCACCAACAACAACAACAACUCAAUACUCCCAGAGGGAGUUCAAGGUCAGGAGGGGAAAGCACGGAUUCAGGGUCAGGAGUAAACACAAUCUCAAGCAAAGCUGAAGCCUCAGCUCAUCAUCAUAACCAUCACCAUAAUAAUAACAUGGAGCCAGAAUCACCCAUCAGUAGAAAAGCUGCGUCUUCUUCCUCGGAUCAUUACCACUUCCAACACCACCAAAUGGAUCAAUUGGCAGUCAGCAAUGGCGGAGCAGGCCCUUCUUCCUCUUCCCACCACCACAUUCAGCAACAGAAUCUGUCAGCUGACAAGCCACCCAAUGAAAAGAGGAAAGGCAUAUCAUCAGAGAAGCCGCUUGAUGCAAAGACAUUGAGGCGUUUGGCUCAAAACAGAGAAGCAGCAAGGAAGAGCCGACUGAGAAAAAAGGCCUAUGUGCAGCAGCUAGAAACCAGCAGAAUAAAGCUCAGCCAGCUGGAACAAGAGCUUCAAAGAGCCCGCCAGCAGGGUCUCUUCCUCGGUGGUUGUAGUGGAGCUGGUGGCAGUCUUAGCUCUGCGGCGGCGAUGUUUGAUAUGGAGUACGCGCGGUGGCUGGAGGACGACCUCCGGCACAUGUCGGAGCUGCGGGCGGGGCUCCACGCGCACCUGUCGGACAGCGACCUGAGGAUCACCGUCGACAGGUACAUUUCGCACUACGACGAGAUUUUCCGGCUGAAAGGGGUGACGGCGAAGUCCGACGUCUUCCAUCUGAUCACCGGCGUGUGGGCGACGCCGGCGGAGAGGUGCUUCCUCUGGAUGGGCGGCUUCAGGCCCUCGGAGCUCAUUAAGAUGUUGAUUUCACAAUUGGACCCGUUGACGGAGCAGCAGGUGAUGGGGAUAUACAGUCUCCAGCACUCGUCACAGCAAGCAGAGGAGGCGCUCUCCCAGGGUCUGGACCAGCUCCAGCAGUCCCUCGUCGACACCAUCGCGGGAGGGCCGGUCAUCGACGGGAUGCAGCAGAUGGCCGUCGCCUUGGGGAAGCUCGCCAAUCUCGAGGGUUUCGUUCGCCAGGCUGAUAACUUGAGGCAGCAAACGCUCCACCAGCUCCGGCGGAUCUUGACCGUCCGGCAGGCUGCGCGGUGCUUUCUGGUGAUCGGAGAGUACUACGGCCGGCUGCGCGCUCUGAGUUCAUUGUGGGCAUCUCGUCCCCGAGACACGUUGAUGGGAGACGAGAACUCGUGCCAAACGACGACGGAUCUGCAGAUGGUGCAGCCUUCGCAGUCUCACUUCACCAACUUCUGA